AGCAAGCAUCAGUAAAGAAAGUGUUAUCUGUGUAGGAUUCUAUUCUGUGUAACUAGUUAUAGAAUAGAUUUUCCCCAACUGUUGUCAAACCACGAUUUGUACCGACGAAGAAGAAACUUUAUGUUCAUUAUUUGGUUUACAGUUUUGUUUUGUUUUUAGUAAAUGAACACAUGAUAACUGCUUUAUCUGAGCUACAGUAUGUCGAAGCCGGAAGAGUCCAGCUGGACAGGAGACGCUGAGUCCAAAUACCUUCCCAUUUAUCAAUACAGACACAAACUAAUAGAAGCUGUAAAGGAAAACCAGUUCCUAGUUGUAACUGGUGAGACUGGAAGCGGGAAAACCACGCAGUUGCCGCAGUAUCUGUAUCAGGCCGGUUUAUGUAGUGAUGGGAAAAUCUGCGUCACACAGCCGAGGAGAGUGGCAGCCAUCACCGUCGCUCAGAGAGUCUCUCAGGAGAUGGGGGUCGGUUUAGGGCACCAGGUUGGUUAUCAGGUGCGCUUUGAUGACUGCACCACAAAGGACACUUUGAUUAAGUACAUGACUGAUGGCUGUAUGCUAAGGGAAAUCCUUACAGACCCAAGUUUAACACAGUACAGUGUUGUGAUCCUUGAUGAAGUUCAUGAAAGGAGCCUCAACACGGAUAUUUUGCUUGGAUUGCUGAAAAAGACUCCAUCUCGAGGAUCCCGUGACCGUGUGCUUCCUCUGAAAGUGGUAGUGAUGUCUGCGACUCUGGAAACAGACAAGCUCAGUGGUUUUUUGGGAGAUUGUCCUGUUUUUUCAAUUCCAGGAAGAACCUACCCUGUCAAAGAACUGUUCUGUAAUUUGCUUGGACCAAAGGAAAAAGAUGGUUCUGCAUAUGUGAAAGCAGUGGUGAAGGUUGCUUUAGAUGUUCAUACGAAUGAAGCAUGUGGUGAUAUACUUGUCUUUCUGACAGGUCAGUCUGAGAUCGAGAAAGCCUGUGACAUGCUGUUUGAAAAGGCCGAAUCCAUAGACUACCGUUAUGAUGUGAAUGAUAGAACAGUCAAAGGCCUUCUUAUUCUGCCUUUGUAUGGAUCCAUGCCAACAGAUCAGCAAAGGCAGAUAUUUCAUCCUGCUCCUGCAGGUGUGAGGAAGUGUGUAGUGGCAACCAACAUUGCAGCAACAUCGCUCACAAUCAGUGGAGUCAGAUAUAUUGUGGAUAGUGGAUUCGUGAAACAAUUGAAUCACGACUCUCGAGUUGGCCUGGACAUCCUUGAUGUGGUGCCAAUAUCAAAAAGUGAGGCUCAGCAACGAGCAGGAAGAGCUGGAAGAACCUCACCAGGGAAGUGCUUCAGAAUCUACAAUAAGGAAUUUUGGGAGAAUUGCAUGCCUGAAUAUACUGUACCAGAGAUACAGAGAGCUAGCCUCACUUCUGUUAUCCUCACACUCAAGUGUUUCGGAGUCCAUGAUGUUAUCAGGUUUCCUUACUUAGACCAUCCAGAAGAGAGAUUUAUCUUGGAUGCAUUGAAGAAGCUUUACCAGUUUGAUGCAAUUGACAGGAAAGGUAAUGUGACCAGUCUGGGAAGACUUAUGGUCGAGUUCCCUCUUCCUCCUGGGCUUACCCGUGCACUGCUCAGAUCUGCUGCUAUUGGCUGUGAGGAGGUCAUGCUCCCCGUGGCAGCCAUGCUAUCAGUGGAAAACAUCAUCAUCCGACCAGGUCUUCCAGAAAAACAGAAAGAAGCUGAGAUAAUGCACAGAGAGCUUGCAGCUUGUGCGGGUAGCUGUAAUGAUUUUCUCAUGCUGCUCUGCAUCUUUGAGAAAUGUAGAGCAAGUGAAAAUCCAUCUGCAUGGAGUAAACAGCACUGGAUCCAUUGGCGGGCACUCAAGUCAGCCUUUAGUGUUGAAACUCAACUCAGGGAAAUCCUUUUCCGUCUAAAACAGCAAAAGGGUUUCCCCCGGGAGACAUUUAAAGGCAGCAACAGUGAACUUCUGAGGCAGUGUCUCUGCCAGGGUUAUUUUACUAAUGUGGCAAGGAGAUCUGUUGGAAAGGCUUUCUGUACUAUGGAUGGACAUGGCUCAACAGUUCAUAUUCAUCCAUCAUCAUCUCUUUUUGGGCAAGAGGCAGAGCUAGACUGGAUCAUUUUCCAUGAUGUCUUGGUCACAUCACGGGUUUAUGUGAGAACGGUAUGCCCAAUCCGAUAUGAUUGGGUGAAGGACCUGCUACCAAAGCUGCAUGAGAUUGAUGUUUAUGAUCUGAGCAGUGUUGCAAGGGAGGAAGUAACUGAAGAGGAAAUGGCACGGUGGCAAAAGAAAAGAGUAGCACAAAAACAAAUGGAGCCUAGUGAAGAAGCAUCGAAAAAGAUUGAGAAGAGAAAUGAUGAAAGAUCAAUCACAGAGGCUCGUGCUCGAUAUUUAGAACGAAAACAGAAUCGACUCCAGAAAAAACAUUCUUGAGGAGUGCUCAUAUUCAUAAAGUGAAAACUGAUUCACAUUUUUUUUUAGUAUUUUGAUGUCAUUUUGUCCACCAACAAAAGAUUACUGUGAUGUUCAAAAUGUGUAAUAAAUAUUUUUGUAAUAAUUGUACGUUUGUAAAUAAUGCUUGUACAUUAUUUCAUUUUAUGAAUAAUAAACUGACUGGGUCUUGGGUUUGA